CUGCCUCCUGACUAGCUAGGAUUACAGACAUCAGCCACCAGCACCUUGCUAGCGGUACCUUCUUGAGAAUGCUUGCAUCUUGAGGGCAGUGCACUUCAGAGAACCAUCAGGGCUGGCAGGGGCUUACUUGCAGUCAGCAUUCUGCAGAGAGCAGUGCGUGCUGGUCAUGUGUAAUCCAGCGCUAACUCUGGGCUCAGAUGAGAAAACUGACCCAAGAGGUGGAGUGACCUGGAGAAGCAGCCCAGAGACCUGGGCCUGCUCUGGACUGUGUUGUCUCCCGUGGCCCUGGCACUGUCUUCUGUGAAUCCAGAUUUGCCCAGCAUCGUGGCAACAAGAACACUGCUCUACUAAAGUGGGUGAGCUCAUAAGAUGCUGGACAUCCUGUGCCCAGCUCAGAGCAGUCUGUUUUCUCCAUGGGAUGUAAAAAUCUAAGGGCACUCUCCUGGCCCAGGCGGGCAACAUGUCACUGCUUUUAGCAAUGUCGCUCCCUGCAUCCCAGAAGUCAUGGAGGAGAUAAGGUAGCCCCAAGCCCAUGGGGAAGCCCAGUUCAAUGGAUACAAAGUACAAAGAUGACUUAUUCCGGAAGUAUGUGCAGUUCCAUGAGAGCCAAGUGGACACCACCCCCAGCAAGCAGCGGCCUGGCAGCGAUGAGUACCUGCGGGUGGCAGCCUCCACACUGCUCAGCCUGCACAAGGUGGAUCCCUUCUACCGCUUCCGGCUGAUCCAGUUCUAUGAGGUGGUGGAGAGCUCCCUGCGCUCGCUGAGCAGCGCCAGCCUGCGGGCCUUGCACUGCGCCUUCAGUGUGCUUGAGACGGUGGCCAUCAAUCUCUUCCUCUACCCGUGGAAGAAGGAGUUCCGAAGUAUCAAGACCUAUACGGGCCCUUUUGUUUACUAUGUCAAGUCUGCACUGCUGGAGGAGGACAUCCGAGCCAUCCUGCACUACAUGGGCUAUGUGCCCGAGCUGGGGACUGCAUACAAGCUCAAGGAGCUGGUGGAGACCCUCCAGGUGAAGAUGGUGUCCUUUGAACUCUUUCUGGCCAAGGUCGAGUGUGAACAGAUGCUGGAGAUCCACUUGCAGGUGAAGGACAAGGGCUAUUCUGAGCUGGACGUGGUGAGCGAGCGCAAGAGCAGCACGGAGGAUGCCCGCGGCUGCUCAGAAGCCCUGCGGCGGCGGUCUGAGGGCAGGGAGCGCCUCACCACCUCCAUGGCUCGGGUGGCGCUACAGAAGUCAGCCAGUGAGCGGGCGGCCAAGGACUACUACAAGCCCCGUGUGACCAAGCCCUCCAGGUCAGUGGACACCUACGACAGCUACUGGGAGAGUAGGAAGCCACCCUUGAAGGCCUCAUUGAGCCUGCGGAAGGAGCCCAUGCCCACAGAUGUGGGGGACGACUUGAAGGACGAGAUCAUCCGCCCGUCCCCCUCACUUCUGGCCAUGUCCAGUUCCCCCCAUGGUAGCCCAGAUGACAUGCCACCUGCCUCCCCCAGCAAUGGCCUUGGCCUGCUGCGCACCACAUACUUCUCCGCUCAGGACGACGUAGAUCUGUACACAGACUCGGAGCCCAGGGCCACCUACCGCAGGCAGGAUGCUCUGCGGUCUGAUGUGUGGCUGGUCAAAAAUGACGCCCACCCCUUCUACCACAAGCGCUCACCCCCGGCCAAAGAGUCUGCCCUCUCCAAGUGCCAAAACUGCGGCCUGUCCUGCAGCUCCUCCCUCUGCCAGCGCUGUGACAGCCUGCUCGCCUGUCCUUCGACCUCCAAGCCCAGCGCCUUCCCCAGCAAGGCUCCUGCCCACGAAAGUCUGGCCCAUGGGGCACCUCUGCGGGAGAAGUACGCAGGCCAGACUCAGGGCCUCGACCGGAUGCCACCACUCCAGUCAAAGCCUAAGCCCUCCACCUCAGCCACCUCCCGCUGUGGCUUCUGCAACCGCCUGGGUGCCUCCAACACCUGCACCCAGUGUUCGAAAGUCUCCUGUGACGCUUGCCUCAGCGCCUACCAUUACGACCCCUGCUGCAAGAAGAGUGAGCUGCACAAAUUCAUGCCCUCCAACCAACUGAACUACAAGUCCACGCAGUUCUCCCACCUCGUGUACAGAUAGACUCCACCGCACCUUCCCGCUCCAAGGGCUACACCACUCACCUCCUGGCUUUACGGUGAAGAAGUGGCACAGUGUCCAUCGUAAGCAGGACCUGCACUUGGCUGUGUAGGUGCCAGGGGCCCACCUGCUCACCCAUGUGGGCAUUCACUUUGCAACUCACAUUUCAACUGAUAGCUGCUUUGUUGGCUGACAAGGGAGAGGGUAGCACUUCCGUUCAGAUUGCUUUUUGCUAAUCUCUCCACUCCCUGUUGAGCUGGUUUUUGUUUUUGUGUUCGUUUUCCUUGAAAGAGAAUUUCUCUGUGGGACUCUUGCCAUGUCUGUGCCCUCCCCCACCCCCCACUGCGAAGCCAACUGGGACUGGGAAAGCCCUCCAGACCCCUCCAAAUGCCCCCUGGAGUGGCGAGCUAGAGGCCUAUUGGCUUGUGAAAUGAGCCCUCCUGCCACACUGGGCCUCUCCUGAUGGCUCAUCCCUUUGGCCACCCUGUCCCCAGAUACAAGGAUCCCCAGCCAGACUCCCUCCUCCAGCUGUCAAAGGUGAACCAAGUCCAGUAUUACCUGAAUGUCAUUGUGCUGCCACCACAGCACGGUCAGCCCAUGGUGUUUGUGACUUUUGCUCCAACAUGGUGAGAUGAGAACUUGCCACAGCAGGAUUGGCUUUCCCUUUUCUGUUUGCACACGCCCCUCUUACUGUACUGUAAAUAGAUAUUUUCGAGAUUUAUUUUUAAAUAAAUAUUCAACUUGC